AUUCACUUGCUAUAUAUACUGAAAUUUCUUAUGAAGGAACAUAGCUGCUUGUCUGCUGAACCUUAAAACUUCGAAACUUCAAACUAGGUUUUUUCAAGAUGAUCAUUCCAGUUCGCUGUUUCACCUGCGGAAAGGUCAUUGGCAACAAAUGGGAUGAAUAUCUUGAUCUUCUCCAAGCUGAUUACUCCGAAGGGGAUGCACUUGAUGCAUUGAAUUUGGUUCGCUAUUGCUGUCGUAGAAUGCUGAUGACUCAUGUUGACCUCAUUGAGAAGCUUCUCAACUACAACACACUGGAGAAAUCCGAAGGCAGUUGAAGCAACUUCCCGGACUAAUGAGCUUAAUUAACUAGUGUUUAUAUCUAGAACGUUUACUUUUAGCUGUAAUUCUCUUUCUAGUUGUAAGGAGGUGAAGUAAAUUGUUCCCUUAUGAAGUGAGCCUUUUGAUUCGUGCAACCACUAAACGGUGUGAUACUGCAAGCUGCACUUGAUUUUUGUUGGUUCUUAAUCUUCUGGUUGCCUAUUGACAAUGUAAUUGCUGGUGUAGUAAAACCCAAAACUUUAAAGUU